GAAUCUCCCUUGUUUAAUUAUCUGCUCACCUGGUGAUUCCAGUUGAUUGGAAAUACUUCUGACUGAAAGUCAAGAUUUGUGAAAGAUACCUUUCUGUGAUAAGGAGUUUAAUAGAUCGGGUCACAAACCCAGAGAGAUUAGAAUUGGUGAAAAAUGAUUCCAUCAAAGUUGUGGAUGGCUAUCUCUGAGAAAUCUCAGAACUGAAAGAGAAACCUGCAAGGAUAUCAGAAGAUUUUUUGAUGUGCUUCCUACGGGGAAGAAGCCUGGGAGUGAGGCUUUGGAAAAGAACAAAAUGAAAAAUGUUGGCAAAGGGUUAUCAAACAUGAAGAAAACUGAUGUCAAGAAAAAGGACUCUUGCAAUUCAAAAGCAACAAAACAAAAGCCAGUGCACAGGAAAAAGCACAUUAUUUACGAUUCGGAUUCUGAACCAGAAGCAUCACCUCCAGAUAAGAAACCCAAGAAAGGUUCUUCCUCCUCCAAACCUACAAAAUUCUCCAGAGCAGAGCCUGUAACUGUGGUUUCUGAAACUGAUGAUGAGGAUGAUUUUCUUCAAAGUAGGAAGAUGACCCAGAAAUCCAGGGAAAAUGGUGGUCAUCCUGGAACAUCAGGAUCUGGAAGGACCACAGACAUGAAAUCGCAGCUCAGACCAAUGCAGCCCAAACCAGCAAGUCCAGUGAAAUUUACUGCCACGUCAGUUCAAGAUUACUUUGGCUCAAACAGUGUGCAGAGGUCAAGUAAAAAGCUGGUGGCCAGCAAAAGGAAAGCACCUUCCGCCAGUCUUGAUUCCACUGUGGAUGAUGAAGAGCUAGCUCGCCAGUUACAACUUGAUGAAGAUGCAGAGCUGGAACGGCAGCUGCAUGAGGAUGAAGAAUUUGCUAGAACAUUGGCAAUGUUGGAUGACCUGCCAAAAAGCAAAAAGGCACGGACAGAUUCUGAAAGCCAGGAGUUGUCUUUAUCCUUGGUUGUAAAGGCUGAACCUAGAAAAACGGCAGAUGAGCAGACAUCAGAACACUCCGCCAAGAUGUUGAGCGAAGCUGAUAAUGUGAAGAACUGCAGUGAAAAGUUCAGUAAGUCACAGAACACAAGGACGACUUCUCAAUUUUCAUCUGAAUCUUCUAGUCCUGAUGUGGAAAAAUCACUUCAUAAAGUGUCUCCAUCUAAAAUGAGCACAAAAUUGGCCAACAUGAAACGUAAAGAAGAAUUGGUGAAAGGGGGCAGUCCAACAAAGCCAGUCCGAGAGAAGAGAAUUUCGCCAAGGAACGAGGAGAAAACCCUUUCUUCAAAGAAAGAAACAAAGAUUUCUCCCAAAAAAGAGGAAAAAACUAAUCCUUCAAAGAAAGGAGGAAAAAAAGUUUCUCCAAAGAAGGAAGAACAAACUGUUUCACCAAACACAAAGGAGAAAGUAUCCCCAAAUAAAUCUGAGAGCCCAGAGAAUGCUGAAAAGAAGCGCCAGAAUUACUUGGCCUAUCGCAGCUUUCUAAAUCGCGAUGGACCACGAGCUUUGGGUUCAAAAGAAAUCCCCCAGGGAGCUGAGAACUGCUUGGAAGGACUUACGUUCGUCAUUACAGGAGUCCUGGAAUCAAUGGAACGUGAUGAUGCAAAAUCUUUAAUUGAGCGUUAUGGAGGGAAACUGACUGGAAAUGUUAGUAAGAAAACAAAUUACCUGGUGACUGGUCGAGAAGGUGGGCGAUCAAAACUGGACAAAGCAGAGAGUUUUGGAACAAAACAAAUCGAUGAAGAUGGACUGUUGGAUCUGAUUCGUAGAAUGCCAGGAAAGAAAUCCAAGUAUGAGAUUGCUGCUGAAGAGGAGGUUAGGAAGUCAAAAUCCAAAGUGCAAGAAACUGCCAAGAUAAUGGACAAAGGUAAGCAUAUUAAGAACAUCUCACCACCAUCGAAGAAACAAGUGGAGCAUAAAAAGAGUAGUCCUUCAGCAGAGAACGGCGAAUCCUCUGGAUGCAAGAGGAGUAUGUCAUUUGGAACAGAACCUUUCACCAAUAGUUCUGCACCAAAGUGUGAUCGCCCGGCCCAGAUGUUAAUGAAGGAGGAGCAGAGUUUGAUGUGGGUGGAUAAGUAUAGACCUGCAGCGCUGAAGAAUAUAAUAGGACAACAAGGAGAGCAGAGUUGUGCAAAUAAACUAGUCCGUUGGCUGAAAAAAUGGCAUGCGAACAAUGCUGGAAACAGCAAACCUGCAGUGAAAUUCAGCAAAUUUGGUGGGAAGGACGAUGGUUCAAGUUUCAAAGCUGCUUUGCUAUCUGGUCCUCCUGGUGUAGGUAAAACAACCACAGCUACUCUAGUAUGUAAGGAACUGGGAUACAACUACGUUGAACUCAAUGCCAGUGACACUCGUAGCAAGAACACGUUGAAAGAAGUGAUAGCGGAAUCACUGAACAACACCAGCAUCAAAGGCUUCUGCUCGGGAACUUCAUCGUUAAGUACCAAACAUUUACUAAUCAUGGAUGAGGUGGAUGGGAUGGCUGGAAAUGAGGACAGGGGAGGAAUACAGGAGCUGAUUUCUCUCAUUAAGCAGACCAAGGUUCCCAUAAUCUGUAUGUGUAAUGAUCGCAACCAUCCCAAGAUCCGGUCGUUAGCAAAUUACUGUUUUGAUCUCCGCUUCCAGCGGCCUCGAGUGGAGCAAAUCAAGGGUGCAAUGAUGACUGUUGCUUUUAAAGAAGGUUUGAAGAUUCCUCCUCCAGCUAUGAAUGAAAUUAUACUUGCAGCCAGUCAAGAUAUCAGACAGAUCCUGCAUAAUCUCAGUAUGUGGUGUGCAGAAAACAAGACUCUGACGUACGAUCAGGCGAAAGACAAUGGCAAGAAGACCAAGAAAGACAUUAAACUGGGUCCCUUUGAUGUUGUGAGGAAAGUGUUUUCUGCUGGAGAGGAAACGGCCUCCAUGAGUUUGAUAGACAAGUCAGACCUCUUCUUCCACGAUUACUCACUUUCACCACUUUUUGUUCAAGAAAACUACCUGCAUGUGAAGCCAGCAGCCUCUGGAUCAAACCUCAAGAAGCAUUUAAUGCUGUUGAGUAAGACAGCAGAUAGUAUCUGUGAUGGAGACCACGUUGAUAAACAGAUCCGCUCUCAUCAGGCUUGGAAUCUGCUUCCUACUCAGGCAAUAUAUGCAAGUGUGAUUCCUGGUGAAUUGAUGAGAGGUUACAUGUCACAAUUUCCAACUUUCCCAAGUUGGUUGGGAAAAUUUUCAUCCACUGGCAAGCAUGAUCGUAUUGUCCAGGAACUUACCAGGCACAUGUGCCUAAGGACACACGCCAGCAAGCGGGCAGUGAACUUGGAUUACCUUCCUUAUCUGCGGGAUACACUGGUGCGGCCUCUCUCACUUCAGGGAGCGAAUGGUGUUCAAGAGGCUGUUGAAACCAUGGAUGCGUAUUAUCUGAUGAAGGAGGAUGUGGACUGUAUCAUGGAGAUUAGCAGCUGGGGAGGUCGGCCUGAUCCAUUCUCCAAACUAGACCCUAAGGUGAAAGCUGCAUUUACUCGCACCUAUAACAAAGAGACGCACUUGACUCCGUAUGCCCUGCAAGCUAUAAAGAAGUUGAAACAUGGAAGUGGUGCUGGAUCAUCUCUAGACUCUGAGCUUAAUGAUGACUUGCAGACAGAGGACAUACAAGUGGAUGAAGCUGAGGAUAACUUGGAAUUGGAUGGAAUGAUUAAGCCAAAGAAGUCUAAAGCAUCAAAGAGCAGAACAGAAGAGAAAUUGCCACAGCAAAAAGGAAGAAAGGAUAAGGGGAAGCAAAAGGCAACAAAGUGAUUUUUGUCUGGAGAGAGUGGUUUGGUUUUCACUGGCUGCAGGUCUGCUGAUGGACUGUAGAGACCAGGCUUAAUACCUGGUGCUUGAUAUGAUUUAUUUCAGAGUAUGGUUUUCUUUUGAAUUCUUAAAGCAAAAUUAUUUACAAUCUUUACUCUUGAAGUAAAGGUGUAUGUAUUUUUCUGUAUAUAUGCAAUACAAAACUAUCCUUUUUAGGUAUUUUUGAAACUGUACAUUAACAAAAUGUGGCAUGGGUUUUUGUUUUCGAAUAAAUAAUUUUUGCAGUGUCAUCUGCAUCAGGAAGACGAGCCCUGUGUUACUUCCUUUGCAGACCUAACUGGAAGCUGUUUAGACAACUGGAGGAUUAGCUGGACUAUUCCCUGUAAAGGCCUAUCAGAAUCUGUAGAAACAUUGUCAUUGUUUUAGUUGUGGCCUUGCAAGGGAGUUUGGCCCUCUGUUCCAGAGCAACAGCAGUGUGGUGAAGUCAUGAUGGUAGUCUUGUGUGUAUUGUCCCUUAAGCCACAAAUUAUUCAAAUUCACAGUUUUGCACUUUAUAUUCGAGAAUUUUAACUAGCUUUGUCUCAUAGGGGAAAAGAAAAAGCUAUGUCAUGCUUUCAUUAGAUUGAAGCUGUUAACUUGGUAAGAGCUCUUAGUUUGGUUUGUUUUUGACCAAUUGUGUGAUUUUUUUUUCUCUCUGCUUGGAGUUUAAUUUGGACACUGCUAUCUAAUAUCAACCACGUGGUUCACAAAGUACAUAUAGCUUGGUAUGAGCAAAGAAGCUUAUUGAUCAGGUAGACUUAGUUUCAUGUCAUAUUUCUGUAGUGUUUAAACAUCUGGUCUUAUCAGAUUGUGCGGGUCUUGUGCAGAAACUGACUUUAUUUUGCUUUUUCUUUGAUCAUUUGAAAGUGUCAGCAAGUUGAGGGACAUCCCUCAAAAGAUUUGGUCCUUUACCUGAAGGUGUCGUUGAAGUUUGGCAAUCCAAAAGAUUUUGUACUCAUUGAUUGCUGAUAAUGGCAGGUAUUUUCAAGCUUGUUUUCAACUUUCAUUAGAAGGCCAAGCUCCUGUAUUGACCAAUAAAGGCUGUUGAGUUCAUAAGUGGACAGCAGUAUGGUGCAAUCCUACCUCCUGUUGCUUUCAAGCCAUAAGAUUCAUUUCCUGUUAGACUUGCAGAGGAGGAAUUGCUGGUGUUUACUGCUUCAGCUCUGCUAACUUGGACCAUCCCUGUGAUUUUUGUAUUUUUUUUUAAAAAAAAAGUAACCAUCUGAAUUUUCUUAAUGUAUCUAUAAAGGAUCCAGCUUGACAGAAAUGAAUAUAUUUUAGCCAAGAAACAAUCUCUUCCAAAGUUGGGUAAAUUUCACCUCCUGGGCUAUGCAGUUGAAAUCCUGUGACAAAUGUUAAUAUGAUAAAGUAUGAUUUGCAUUUAAUUAAUGCUUAAAUUCUGUACAUAUAAUUCAAAUUAUUUUAAUAGCACAUAAAUAGUUAAUGCAUCGUGUGCAGUUUGUUGAGCAGGGGUGCUUCCUUUCAUUAGAACUUUCAGCAUGCAUUGGAGGUGGCACGGGAUCUAGGAUUAAUCUUAUCUGGAGAAUGUUAUCUGUGAAUCCAUAAACCAAUAUCUUGACUGUUGCUGGCAUGAGUGGAAAAUUCUAUUUUAAAAUGGCUGAAAGGUUGAUUUGUUGCUGGUACUAUGCAGUGUGACUGUAAUUGGAAGAAUGAGGAAAAUAAUUCCUGUGGAAGAUCUUGUGUUUAAAUUUGAUAAACUGAAUGCAAAAGUUAAAAAUGGUUCAUUUAAAAGGUAGCCACGCAGUAGCUGCUACUGAGGGGAGCAUUAUGAUCAUUAAGAAAAUUGGGUACACUAACCAGAGAACACUUUCAGUGUGUAUGUACAAUGUUUAGAGGGGUUUUGAGUAUUAGUCUUGUAGAACUUGGCUUGUUAAGAGAUUCCAGUGUGUAAAAUACCCACCAUGCCUAAACAUUAAUCAAGAUUACAUAAAAAAUGCAAAUAAAAAAUGUUUGAGUUUUAUAUUUAAAAAUGGGCAAGAUUGCUUAAGUAACAUUCAAGCAGAAAUCUGAAGUUUCUUUGAAGGGCACAUAACUUUGAAGUUUAAAAUUGUUGCAAAGUAAAACAAUCCAUAGAAAUUCUAUACUAAGUUUAUUAAAAGGCUAUUUUGUGUAAAGGUGCUUUAAUUCAAUUUGUAUUUGCAAGCAGAAAUGUCUUCCUAUCUACACUUUGUUUUCUUGUAAAUCAUUUUAUUGGCGGCACCUUGUAAACCAUUUUGCUUUGAUGCUUGGAUGGAAUAGUACUGAAUUCCAAAUGUGGUCUAACCAAGGUUAUGUUUGUCUUACUGGACUUCACUUCAUUUUAAGGAAAUACUUGAGUUCAUUUCAAUGAGGAAUUAAUUUUUCUUCCCCCCCCCCCCCAAAAAAAAAUCAAUAUUGUUACCAUUACGUAAUUUGUUUGUAUCUUGAUCCCUUUGCUGUUUUACCCCUAUUUAAACAUCUUACUUUGCAA